AUGAAGAAGACGAAGAAGAUGAACUUCUUCGAAAGAGCGGCUUCGGGCGUGAACUCGUUGCUUUUGGACUCGACAAUUCGUUCGAGAGCGAGCCGAGAGCUGAGCAACGCAAAAGAUAAGUUUUAUUCACUCAAACUCCCGUCGUUGUUUUUGAGAACAUCAUCGAAAUCAACAGCAGUAGGCUUUAACGAGAAAGACGACGGUUCCACCUGCGACUUACAAGUCGGCGAUGGCAAACCGUAUUUGGAUUCGCCAGCUUUCUUGCGAACACAGUUGUGGGAGAGUGCGAUGAAGAAGUACAGCAGCAAACACGGAGAAGGUGAAGUAAACGGAGAAGAAGAUGAAUUAGAUGAAUUAGUAGACGAAAGAGAAGAGAAAAGAGAUACAGAUGACACGGAGGAUUUUGAAACCUUGAUUGAGCGAGACUUGCGACGAACGUUUCCCCAUCAUCCUUCGUUUAAAAGCGCGAAAGGAAUCAAUAAAAUGCGAAGACUUUUGUUGGCGUACAGAGAUUAUGACCCAAGCGUUGGGUACUGUCAAGGAAUGCCUUUUAUCGUCGGUAUUCUAGCUCUGUACAUGAACGAAAGUGACGCGUUCCAAACGUUGCUUUUUAUCAUGUCGAAAUCCACUAGAAACGCGAGGGAGAUAUACGAAGAGAGCGGAAUUGGAUUAAAAAGGACAUUUUCGAAGCUCGAGAGUCUUUUACAAUGUGAAAACAAAAGACUCAGCGCGCAUUUACAGAAGUUCAAAGUAGGUCCGAUGAUGUAUGCUUCGGGGUGGAUCCUGACUUGUUUUGCGAGUGAUUUUACUACGCGAUUUUCGUGCCGAGUCAUGGACGUGAUCAUAGCAAAUGCGAAUAUGGAUUUCACUUACGGCGAUUUUAUCACAAACGUAGCUGUAUCGAUUUUGAACGAGGCGACGGAAGAUUUGCUCGCAAUUGGAAGCGAUGAAGACGGCGAAAAAGGGGAAGAAAUAGUUUUCGAGAAACUCGUUGAAUACAUACGUCACGAGCCUCAACGAUGGGACGGAGAGAGAUUGAAUCGUAUCUUAACGCUUGCGAUUCACUCGCUUUCGGAGAGAGUGAAAGCGUGCAGAGAGAUUGAGCGUGUCACGAAUACAAUCGUUUGA